AGAUACACCCCAAAGGGUGUGACUUUGCCUAAGAGUGUAUAGUUCGAAAGUGCUGGCGUUUCAAGGCGUGGCCGCGAAAGCUGACUUUUGUCCCCCCGCUGCUGAGCGUUGCUGCUCGUCCACAUUUGACUCGCCGUAACGAAAGUUCUCGCGCCGCCCCGUUGGUGCCCCAGACGGACGCCGCCGCGGCGGUCUGGACAUUCACCCUUUCUCGUGCUCGGCUAGGAAGGGUAACCGCGCUUUCCCCCCUUCCCCUCUCUUUCCCCCUCCGCACGGCGCGAGCCGCGUCACUGAGCGUUAGCCGGACCGAGCAGCCAGGCAGAGUUCAGAUUACCCUGUGCUGCGUGAUAGCUCCCGUCUCCAUGACCUAGCCGGUCGGCAAGGCUGCGAAGAGGAGGAAGGCGCUGCAGCCACGGACGGCAACGGCCGCUGCAUCGGCGGCGGCCAGGAACGGAACCCCCCCCCCUGCCGCCCCCCAUUCUUUUCUUCCGGGUGGAGCGACCGGUCGGUCCCUCGGCGAUAGCCGGCGAGAGAGUUGCGAAGGGGGAGACCCCCCCCCUCCCCCACAACGGCAACAGACGUCGAGAGACAGAGCAGAGGGUGCCACGCGAGUGCCACAUAUACGCGUAGUGCAUCGGAAUCGGCGAGCGCCCACUCGGGUGCAGCCAAGUGCAGCAACAGGUGUAUUCCGUGACUGAGGGUUAAACGCCAUGAUGCUGGGCCUGGUGUAUCCGUCGGUGUGCGCGUCGCUGGCGCUGGUCUCCUGGCUGAUCGCGCCGUGGCUCUGGACGCUGGCCCAGACGGCCGGCGCGCUGUGGUUGCUGUCGGUGGUCGGGCGCCGGAUCACCGAAGAACUCAACGCGCUGACCGGAGGAAAGCACGUGGACCCCGAGGGAAAGGCCGUCCUUAUUACCGGCUGCGACAGCGGCUUCGGCUUGGAGUUGGCUCUUCGGCUGCACUCUCGCGGCAUGCGCGUGUUCGCCGCCUGCCUCCUGCCGGACAGUCUGGGCGCCAACAAGCUGCGCGCGCUGUCCUCCUCCCCGUCGGAAGAGGGGAGAGGGAGCGUGCACGUGAUCGCGCCCAUGGACGUCACGAGUGACAGCCAGGUGGAAGACGCCGUGCAGCAGGUCACCAAAAUUCUAGCCGCCCAAGGGCGAACGGACAAGGAGGGCGACGACCAGGACGCGGGACGUCCCGACGGCGACGACGGCGUCGCCGAGGCCCCCCGGCUGUGGGCCGUGGUGGCCAACGCGGGCGUCAUCUGGGCCUCGGAGCUCGAGUGGGGCUCGCUGGAGCCCAUGCGUCGCAUGCUCGAGGUGAACGCCGUGGGCGUUGCCCGGACCGUGCGCGCCUUCCUGCCCAUGGUGCGCAGGACGAAGGGAGGACGCGUGGUCAUCACCACCAGCCUGUGGGGGUACUUCGCCAUUCCGUUCUCGGUGGCUUACUCCAUGUCCAAGUGCGCAGCUCGCUUCUUCGCCGACGGCCUCCGGCGGGAGAUGAAGAAGUUCGGCGUCCGUGUAGUCUCCAUUGAGCCCAACAUGUACGCAACCAACCUGACCGCCGACGGCAUACUUCUGCCGGCCAUGGACAAGCUGUGGCAGGAGACCAGCGAGGAAGUGCGGCGCGACUACGGCCAGGGCUACUACGAGCUGAGUCGCCAGUACCUGCGGCGGCAACUGGUCAAGUCCCGAACCGAGAUCCACGAGGUGGUGGACGCCAUGGAGACCGCUGUGCUGGCGCGUAGGCCGCGCCUGGCGUACCGGCCGGACGGCCCGCUCAGGGCCCUGCAGUUCGGCCUGCUGGAGAUCGCGCCGCCCCUCGUGCAGGACGCCUUUCUCAUACGGGACACGCAGCCGCCCGCGUCGACGCUCCCCGGCAACAGAGGCAUCGCCAGAGGCUGACCGUGGCUGCUCCGUGCGCGGCUCCCCGAACGCCCGCGCAAACUUGACGCGCGAAAUAAGACAAGGACUGACACUGAACCCGGGCGCCGCCGUUUCGCAAAUGGCAUUUUUGGACCGGAGGCGUGUAGUACGUUUGCCCUUCGUUUGCACCGAAUCGUCACUCAUUGCCAUCCCUUACUAAACGAACUAAUAGCGGGACGAAAGUUAGCAGCAUUCUCGCUGUCUGCCCUUGAGCCAUUCUGCGCCUUCAGUUCUCGAACCCGUCAUGCCAACGAGACCGAACGUCAGACAUUGCAAUAAUGACGAGAGUCUGCAGAAAAGGGGAACGUCACUCCGCAGCGUCUUCGGCGUUGUGACGUGAUAAAAGGUGAAGUUCCUCGCGGCCUUCUCGGUACGCAGCCGGUAAUCGAGUAUCGGAGUACUAGCGUACCAAAAGAUUGUCAGCCGUCAAUCAACCGAGUGUGUAUCGCAGGGUUUAAGAACUGCAGCGCUGCUGUGUCUUCUCUGUUCGAAAAUGUUCUUUGACCGAUUGCGUCGAGGCUGCUUCUACAGCAGCGGUUUCUGGUAUGUGUAGGUGAGGAAUAACAAAAAUUCAGCCUCAUCUAAAUUGACAUCGUAAAUGCUGUGGGCUGCGCAACUCGUAAUAUGCCUAAUGGAGAAUGUUAAGAGCUUAUUUUAUGGUGACAGAUAUUACCUCCUGCCUAAUAAUAAUAAAGCAUACGAUUAAGGUGCUUCUUUUACAACCCCCAAUGCGGGGUUCGAUGCCAGCGCCCGCGCGGUUACUUCCAGACGACAGUGCGCACGCGUGGGUGUGCGGAGGCUGACAGGGUGUACUAACGUGACUCGUUUCCGGGUGCGUCCUUCUCUGGAAACACACUGAAAUACUACAAAGAUAAAGUACGUUUGCUUCAA